AUGACAUCACAGGUCCUGUUACACACCCUGGAAAAUUUGAGAAAAGAUGAAUUCCAGAAAUUCAAAUGGCAUCUGCAGCAGGGCGACAGCUCCAAGGGAUACCGCUCCAUCCCAGAGGGCAGGCUGGAGGAGGCGGAGAUGUGGAGGACAGUGGAUCUGAUGGAGCAGACCUACACAGGUCCUAAAGCUGUGGAGGUGACCAGGAAGAUUUUAAAGAAGAUCAACAGGAAUGAUCUGGUGCUGCGUUUGUCUGACGCCAGGUCGGCACCAGAAGUUCCAGAGCCUCGGAUCAUCACGUAUUACCAAGCCAAGCUCCAGUCAAAUCUCCAUGACAGCUUCAUGUGUGCGAGAGAGGGCUGGGCUCAGAAGAAGGAUGAGCAGCGUCUGAUCGAUAUCUACACGGAGCUGUGGGUGACGCCCGGUGGCGACGUACACAUCAACACUCAGCACGAGGUCAGACUGAUCGAGAAAGCUGGAAAACAAACGGAGACAGAGAAACCGAUUAAACCGAUUGACAUGUUCAAACACCCCUCUGGAAAAUACAGACCCAUACGAACUGUGCUGACCAACGGGAUCGCAGGAAUUGGAAAAACAUUCUUUGUGCAAAAGUUUUUGUUGGAUUGGGCUGAAAAAAGACCCAAUGAAGAUGUGCAUCUGAUUUUUCCAUUCACCUUCCGUCACCUGAACUCACUGAAGGGGAAAGUGUGCAGUUUAGCAGAGCUCAUUCAUAAAUGUAUCCCAGCAACCAAACACAUCAGUGACGACGCUCUUACCUACAUCUUUACAAACAUGGAGGCGUCAGGAAACACCAACUAUGACAAGAGUGAAUUCAAGCUUCUGUUUAUUUUGGACGGACUGGACGAGAGCCGCCUUCAGCUGGACUGCUCGACCAAUGAGAAGCAAGUUGGAGACUUUGAUGUGACGCAGUCGAUGUCUUUGGACGUUCUGAUGACGAACCUAAUCAAGGGAAAUCUGCUUCCCUCUGCUCGCCUCUGGAUAACCACACGACCUGCAGCAGCCAAUCAGAUACAUUCUGAUUUUGUUGACGUAGUGACAGAGGUCAGAGGGUUCACUGACCCACAGAAGGAGGAGUACUUCAGGAAGAGGUUCAGAGAUGAGGAGCAGGCCAGAAGCAUCAUCUCCCACAUCAAGACAUCACAUAGCCUCCACAUCAUGUGCCACAUCCCAGUCUUCUGCUGGUUCACUGCUACAGUUCUGGAGGACAUGUUGAAGACCAGAGAGGGAGGAGAGCUGCCCAAGACCCUGACUGAGAUGUACACAUUGUUCCUGGUGUUUCAUAUUGAUCAGACAACAAAGAAGUAUGGAAAGAAAAUGAAGUACAUUGAAUCGUUGGCAAAACUGGCUUUUCAGCAGCUGGAAGAAGGCAAAAUCAUCUUCUAUGAAGAUGAUCUGAAAGAGAGUGGCAUUGACGUCAGUGGAGCCUCGAAGUACUCUGGUGUGUUCACAGAGAUCUUUAAAGAAGAGCGAGGGAGGAAAGAUGAGGACAAGAUAUUCAGCUUUGUCCAUCUGAGCGUUCAGGAGCACCUGGCAGCUGUUUACGUGAGGAUGUGUCUCAUUAAACACAACAGGAAUGUGAUGUCUGAGCCACGAACAACUUCUCAACGUCUUUGGACGACUUUCACUCGACUACCUGCGGCAGAGGUCCACAGGAUCGCUAUUGACAAGGCCUUACAGAGUCCAAAUGGACACCUGGACCUGUUCCUCCGUUUCCUCCUGGGUCUCUCACAAGAACCCAGUCAGAAACUCCUUCCAGAGCUGCUCAAAAACAAGAGAAGCCGCUCAGAGACCAAUCAGGAAACAGUCCAGUACAUCAAGAGGAAGAUAAAUAAGAAUCUGUCUCCAGAGAAAAGCAUCAACCUGUUCUACUGUCUGAAUGAACUGAAUGAUCGUUCCCUAGUGGAGGAGAUCCAACAGUCCCUGAGAUCAGGACGUUUCUCCACUGAUAAACUGUCUCCUGCUCAAUGGUCAGCUCUGGUCUUCAUCUUACUGUCCUCAGAAGAAGAUCUGGAUGUGUUUGACCUGAAGAAAUACUCUGCUUCAGAGGAGGCUCUUCUGAGGUUGCUGCCAGUGGUCAAAGCUUUAAAAAAAGCUCUGCUGAGUGGUUGUAACCUCUCAGAGAGAAGCUGUGAAGCUCUGUCCUCAGUCCUCAGCUCCCGGUCCUCCAGUCUGAAAGACCUGGAUCUUAGUAACAACAACCUGCAGGACUCAGGAGUUGACCAGCUGUCUGCUGGACUGGAGAGUCCAAACUGUAGACUGGAAUCUCUCAGGAUGUCAGGAUGUCUGAUCACAGAGGAAGGCUGUGCUUAUCUGGCCUCAGCUCUGAGCUCUAACCCCUCCCACCUGAGAGAGCUGGACCUGAGCUACAACCAUCCAAGAGACUCAGGGGUGAAGCUGCUGUCUGCUGGAUUGGCAGAUCCUGACUGGAGACUGGAAGUCCUCAGGCUGGAACAUGGCGGAGAGAAGUGUCUGAAACCUGGUCUGAGGAAGUACUCCUGUGAACUCAGAGUGGACAUGAACACAGUGAACAAGUACCUCCGACUGUCUGACAACAACAGGUCAAUGACUGUGGUGAGUGAGAAGCAGCCGUACCCCGAUCACCCGGACCGGUUUGACUGUCAUCAGCUGCUGUGUAGAACUGAUCUGACUGGUCGCUGUUAUUGGGAGUUGGAGUGGAGGGGAGUGGUUUUCAUCGCAGUGACAUACAGAGGCAUCAAGAGGCGGGGCUUCAGUAAUGACUGCUGUUUCGGAGCCAACAAGUAG